CCGGAUCCUUAACCCACUGAGCGAGGCCAGGGAUCAAACCCACAACCUCAGGUUCCUAGUCGGUUUUGUUUCUGCUGUGCCACAAUGGGAACUCCAGGGAUUUGGGGAUUUUGAAAGUCUAUCCUGAGUGAAAAGAAAAAAAAAUAAAAAGCGCUGAUACAGGAAUAUCCUGAGGAAUGAAAGCAGGCCUAGUAGCUCCACUCUUGGAGCUUUCUUUCAGUCCAUUUGGCAGAUAGUAAUCACUGAUAACUCACACAUAGCUGUAGAUCAAAGAAUGUACAGUUCCAUAAGAAAGACGUAAGAAUGUCUCUCCCUUUGAUUUGGAGAGGGAACCUAAUUGUAUGCCUUUUGACCUCAGAUCUAGUAUCUCAUAAUUUUCUGGCAGUCUCUGUCAUCACAAUUUAGCGGUAAAUUGAGUUGAUCUCCACAGUGACUCAAAUCUAAAUGUGACUAGACAUGGGGACGUUAUCAGUCAGAAGAACCCAGGUUGCAAGAACACUUGGCAGGAUUUACACGGGAAUGGUCAGAUAAUCUUAACUUCGUUUUGUGAAGAAGACUUAGGGGUGUGUGUGUGAGUUUCAGAAUCAAAGAGACCUGAUAAACCCCUUCUCAUUUAAUACCUUCUUUGUAUUUGAAAAAGUAGGAACCAUCAAGAUAACUUAGGUCAUUUAUAUAAAUAUAAAAAUAUUUCAGCAGUUUAAGAAAUUGAGAUCUGCUAGUUCAAAAUUUAUUGAAUACAAAAAUUAGAUAAGCAUUCUUGCUAAUAAAUAAAAAAUCCAAAUAUGCAAGAAUUGCAAGAUGUACACCUAAUGUACACCUUGCAUUUUAGCUUCUCUUAGAUCUGUCAUGAAUUCCAGUAAUAAGGACCCCAACAGUGGGUGAUUCCCAGGUUUCAGGCUGUAGGUGGAAUUUCUCUUAAAUGGAUUGAUUAUCAUUGAUAAGGUUUUUGCUUGAUGUCUUACCAGCUACAAAAGGUAGUAUGGGGGUAAGUUGAAUCAAAACAACCUAACAAACAUUUGUUAAACACUGGCUCAAAUUUCCCCACUUCUGUUUGAUGACAAACCCCACUUCACCACCUACCUAAUCUCACCUUAAGCAACAAGCUUUCACUCGAGAAUAGCCUAUUAAGUCCAGUCAGCACCUUUUGAAUUUAAUUGGUGAAAAACAGUUCAGAAUUUUGCAUCUUUAAAAACCCAUGGAAAAUUACAAGAAAUAUUCUGUAAAUAAUCACAAAUCCAAAGUCAAUUAAAUUUGACAAGGAGCUGGAUUAAAAUGUUAGAAUGUCAGUAAACCCAUCCUGUUAUUCAUAAUAUGAUGAGUUAUUCAUUUGAUACCCCUAGAUUCUUGUUGAUUCAUUGGAAUGAUUUUGGUAAAAUAACUGUCACACAUUUAUCAAUGAGUAAUGAUUGGACUAUCUCACCACAAAGUUUGUGGUCUAAUCAUUGUUUUCAUCGUGAUGAAUAAGCAGUGAUAACUAGAGAGCAUAAAAAUGUAAUGUGCAUCGUUUGGCAAUGUAGUUGGCAUGUUACUGAGGAGCCCAGAGUCCAGUGAUUCCCCAUAUCAUGGCUCGUCAUAGACCAGUGGUGCCAGAAUCACCAGGGUUCUUUCUGAACAUAAACAUUUCUUAGUUCUAUGCCAAUAACUUCUUUUUCAGUUUAUUUACGGUUAAACCCUGGGGGUCUCUGUUUCUAAAAACUCUUGAAGUAUCCUGAUGGGCAGCAAGGUUCAGGAUCUGCUGGAUUUGACUGGGUCCUCUUGUAUUUUAUUGAGAACAGCAUGAAACAUCCAGAAGAAGUGUGACUAUAGUGUGUACAACUCGGAGCCUCAAGCUCAGACAUGGACUGAGAUUCUGGAUAUAUUUUUUCUCAUUUUACAAUUAAAGUGAUAUUAUUUAUUUUGAAAAAUAGCUCAUUAUCAAGUUACUGAUUUGCUGAUGUGUGCUCUUUGUUCUUGUCCUUUAUGAAAUUAAUUGUAAUGUUUUAUAUUUUGUUGAAGUCUCAGUGAAGAGAUCAAAUAACAGAAACCCAUGACUGUAGAACUAUUUUCUCCUAAUGAAAGUCUGUUACUCUUUGAAAAAUGUACCUGUUAAGAUUUAUAGAUUAUCAGCUCAAAGAAUCUCAGAUUAAUGAGGUAUAAUCCCUUUGGAGAGAAACAGGAAAAGAAUUAAUGCUUGUGUUAUUCCUUAGCUAUAGUUUUGAUAUUUAAUAAGAUUUCAUUAACUAAUAACAUGUCAUUAAUAAUUUUAUACACAUUAUUGUCAUUAUAAAUACUGUAUUAUAUACCAUAUACUUCAGAUUGGAAUUAUAGUACCUUUAGUUUGAAUUCAUGGAAAUAGAUUUUAAAUUAACAUUACCUCAUAUGCAUUUCUCAGAACAGGUACAGAAUAUUAGAAAGGGUAUUAAUAUGUAUGGGUGUGUAUAUCUACUGCUGCUGAACAAAAACUACAAACAUACUGGCUUGAAACAACAAUUUAUCACUAUUUUUCGUUAUCUGGGAGGUGACUGGAUGAUUCUCCCUUGUAGUCUCUCAUGGAGUUACAGUCGGAAAGCAGUUGGGGCUGGAGUCUGUGAAGUCUCACCUAGGCUGAAGAUCAGAGAUGCUUUUUCCUCCCCUGUCUAGCAGCUCAGUGCUGCUCUGCAUCCUCCCUCUCAGCACUGCCAGAACGUCUUGCAUGAAGUCUGAGUUCAGGGCCACAAGAAGCAGCAGGCCGAACUUGUCAGGUCCCUUAAGGGCUAUGCUUGGGGCUGGCACACUCUCACUGCCACGGUGCUGUGGGUCAGAGAAUUCACAGGCCCUUUCCAGAUUCAAGGGGGCAGAGAAACGAAACCCCAUUCACCUUUUGAUGCUGGGAGGUGAGAUGACAUUGCAGAAGAGCAUUCAGGAACAGGAUACACCCUAUAAUAUGUGAAGCGUUUACUUGAUCAGAGGGUUAUCGUCCCCACCCCCUUUCCCCAGUGUGGAGUUUCAUGUGUGUACAUAUUAAACUGUCCACUCUUCCAUCUAUAAUUUUUGAGAUACUGACUAAUCUUAUUGAGCAACUUACUGUUUAAUUAUUUUAAAGUUCAAUACUAAUUUUAGUUACAUAGUAUUAUUUAUAUUAUUAUAGUAAUGAUAAAAACAGGUGUUUGGGUUCUUUAAAAUAAAAUUGGCUCUACGGGAAUUAUUUCUUAUAAUUUUUGUCUUCAGCAUGUUCAUCCAGACCUCAGGGUGGUCAUAUAGAAAAGGGCAUGCGGAAUAAGAGGAUUAAAUUAAAUCAUCAGGUUAUUUUUAUUUUAAAAAUAGUUUCAAGUCCAUGAUUCUCUUCUCUGUGGAAAGAUUCAUUUGUGCCACAUGUUAGAUUCCAGAUGGAAAAAAGAAUAUACACAGGUAUGUGUAACUGGGUCACCAUGCCAUACAGUAGAAAAUUGACGGAACACUGCAAAUCAGCUAUAAUGGAAAAAAAUAAAAAUCACUAUAUAAUUUAAAAAAAUGGUUUCAGAGUAUGAUCUUAUUCUUCCUGAGGAAGGUUUUGGGGAGAUAAAACUGAGACGAAUUAAGGAUGUGGCAAAAAAUACAUGAGUACACUUAUUUGCAAAGUUAUUUAUGUAUAUGAUUAAGAAAAUUAUUUGUAAACUAAGAAUUUCAUAAAGUAAAAAUUUAUGUUUAGAAGUAAAUUUUUACAAUACCAAAAUAAGUAACUAUAAAAACAUAACCUUCCAAAAAUCAAUUACUUUUUUUUGACAGUAUCUUCCUCUGAAUAUUAUCAUAUUAUAAUGUAAUGAAGUUUACUAAAUUUAGCAAUGCAGCGCCUGCUAUUUAUAUUUUAGGAAUUUAAUUUUGGAUAUGGAUAAAUCCAGCAUUUUGUUUGUCGUUCAUCUCUUCAUUCAGUUAUCCCCACAAGCUUUUGUUGACCAUCUGCUAAAUGCUAAAUCUUGUUGUUUUGGCCUUGAUAUGUUGACAUCAAAUUCUGAGUGUAUAUUUCUAGUUUGGUCAUAUUCUACUCACUGUAAUCUGUGCUCACCCUAAUCAUGCAAACUAAUUUCCUUCACCGUGUUCUUUGUCCUUCUUCUUGCCAAGUUCAGUGAAGAUUUUUCACUGAUUUCAAUGCAUCAUUUAUCUCUGUGGAUAAGUCCUGCUUUCUUGAAUUCUCUCAUUGGUGUUCUGAGACAUCUCAAUUUUCUGGCGCUAUCCAUUUCCUUCUCAAACUUUUUCCUAGCUCAGGCUCUUCCUUUCUUUAGCCAUUACGUGUUGAUUUUAUUCAGAGCUCACUUUUUGUCCACUGAUCUUUUCAUUUACAUGUUCUUUCUUCAUGUUUUUACCCACACAUUUUCCUUCACUCCCUCUUAUGUACUAGUGGCAUAGCAAAGUCAUCUGUAUUUCUGACUUACAGUUGUACUAAAAAAAAUCUGAUGUGCAUAUCAAGAUUAGCUCAACUCAAAUGCCGAGUUAAAAACCACCGUUCAAUAGUACUCUUCCUCUGCUCUGAGGAGCGACCUCACCCAGCAUCCUCAGAGUCCGCUGACACCAGGUUCUGAACAGGAAGCUUGUUUCUGUCCAAAUCCUCUUAAACGCCUUUACUUCUAUCUGCUUUACUUAGAUCCUCAGAGUAUAUCACUUUAAUCCCCUACUUUCUGGUGGAUUGUACCCCAUCCCUUGGCACAUACCCCAUCAAAAAUAUCCCAUUACUCCUUUUCCAAACGAACUACUUCCAUGAUUUUACAAAUGAUCUUCCCUGGGUCUGAAAUGCCUUAACAUCCAAAAUGCCUAGCAAAUUGUUAUCCACCCCUGAAGAGUUAGCUCAGAGCAGGAGUUUCCUGUGUGUGAAUCUUCCCUUAGGCCAUGAGCUGUAAUCUCUGGAUUUCCCUGCGUCUUAACCACCCCAUACAUCUCUAUUACAGCACUUUGUGCAUUGUAGGUAAGCUAUUUCACUUGUCUAUCUUCCUGCAUUUUGAAAGGGCAAAAAAUUGUCACUUAGUCUUUAUCUCCUGGGUCUAGUGCUAAUUAAUUGGCCUAGUUACUUGAGAUGAAAGAUUAGAAAUGUUUUUUUAUAAGUAUUUGUUUUACCAAGAAGUUCACAAACUUGUCUCAGGAAGAAAACUGUCUUUGCUUCAGAAUGUAUCUUAAUGGCUCAGAUUUUUAUUAAGAUAAAAUGGUCAGAGGCUGCUUUGGGAUAGAUAGAAACAAGUAAAUUGCUUUUUAUAAUUAGUUAUUUGAGAUCUGUGGGUGUGGAGAACAGGAAAAUGGUCGACUGGACAGCAACAAAUUCACAGUGAUGUGGGGGAGUAGUGACUAAAUAACAUUUCAGAAUAAAACUGCCUAUAUUCGGGUUACUAUUAUUUAUUCUGCUGUUACUAUGCAUUGCAGUUAUUUAUUCUGAGAUUUCUCUUGUUUAUUAUCUAUUAAACAUGCAAAUGCAUAAUGCAAAUGAUGUGUUGAGACUACUUAGGAAAAGGGCCAUAUUCAAGAAUUCAAUGAGACUACUAAAAGUUUGAAGUGAAGAGGUUAUUGUGAGAAGGAACAAUCCUGUGUUUUUAGAAACAUCAAGGGGAACACGCUGAACUUCCCACAGAGCAUGGUAUGGUGAGAAUCGUCAAUAUUAUUGAAAUCUCAGAACGAAAAAGACCUCCCUUGACAUCUGGGUCAUGUUUUUAUAGAAGGUAACACGCCUGUCAAUUUCUCUAGUGUGUAGUGUCUAUCAUUAAAUAUCUUAAAAGUAGAUUUUUUUUCUUAGAAAACAUAAAUUCUUCACUUGUCAAUUCAAAUGCUACCUCCGAUUAUGAAUGGUAGUGACUGGAAUCUUUCCAAUAAAGCUUACUCAGCACAUCACUAAAGGACAGAAGGUUCUAGGAAGAUGGAGGCAAAGCUAGAACUGGUAAAUGAAAGCAGUAAUAAAUGUAUGUGGCAAUGUUCUUUCCAGAGAGGCAUGUGUUUUGAAAGGAUGCAUUUGGGUUGGGACAGAUGGAAGAGUAUGAUUCACUACUUAAUGUGGAGGCAAGCUAUGGUCCACAGACAUUGAUUUCUGCUCUUUAUUUAUCUUGUGGGAAACUAAGCUUCCUUAUACUUUUGCUAAUAAAAAGCUUACCAACUAAAGCUUAGGAAUGACAAGUAUUUUCUUUGCAAAUGUAAUAUUAUAGCUCUAUAAUAAACACAUGCAAGUCUUUUUGUGUAAAAAUCAUAGUUAUCUAUUUUAACAUUAGUUUAAUGACUGCCCUUAUAAUUCCUAACUGAGGCUACAGGAGUCAUUAAUUAAUACUGUCAUUGUUUAAAGGAAAAUAAAUACUCUAAUUCUCAUUUUUUUAAUUUUUUAGUCCUUAGCCAGAAAAACAGAAUUGGCUGUUCUGUUUAUUUCCUUGUUAGAUUUUCCCUAGGUACUUGUUACUGUUCCUAAAAUUAGAGAUCUGUUAUUAUUCCUGUUUUCCUUAUUAAAAUAUUAGUCACAUAGAAUUUUAAUAGUUUGUAAAAGAACAUUAUAACAAGCCAUGGUGGAAUAUAGCUCAAAUGUGUAAUUCUCUCUGAUCUUUCCCUAAUUUUGUUACCUCUUCAAUUAAAUAUAUAGCUGAUCCAUUUACAAGUUAAUCAAUAAGUUAACAGUUACCAAAAAGUGAAGAGUAUAAAAUUUUGCUUUAGGCUGAGGCUCAGAAAUAGACUUUUGGCGCCUGGAUUUGAUACAUUCAAAACAUAUGAUCGAUCAGUAUAUUUUUGGUAAAAAAACAAAAUGCAAUUGAAACUUAUUCAAUAUGUUAGGUUUAUAGUUAAUUUAAAGUGAACAUAAUUCCAUAAAGUGAGCACAAUCCCCAUAAAAGAUAAAUGCACUUUGUCAUGGACAAAUAAUUUUAUUGCCAACACCAAAAUCUAGGUACUGGAAGAUAUUUUUUUCUUUUCCCUUCCAGCACACCCACCCCCAGCAUCUGCCACACUUCUCACUGCCAGGCUUAGGGCAUGAUUAGGAACCAAGGAGUCACAACCUGCUAACUCUUUCCAUCAUGCAGAAGAAAACAAUCACAGGAGCAGAAUCUCCUGGACCAGUGUUGUUCAAACUUUCUAGACCCUACAACCCUGACGUGUAUAAAUCCAGUGCUUUCCAAUGUGAUGCUCUAUUUUACUUUCUAAGGUGAAAUUCCUACAAAAUAUAAUUCAUGUAAAUAUUUUUAAUGUCAAUAUAAAUUCUAACUGAAAUAUGGAAGAAAUAUAAAAGAAAGUAAUGCAUCAUAAAUGGCCUGUACUUAAAUAUGUAAAUGUCUGAACAUGUCUGGAUAUGACAACUGUGUUAGAUGCCUUUCCUUAUAUACAGGAUUUCUGUGAGUGUGACUAAUGAGGUAAGUUAUACUGAGUCAUUGGUAGUUAGACUUUUCAAUGUUUUCAAAUAAAAUAGGGUCUAGUCAGCAUUCCCUUUGCUACUGGGUGUCAUUCCUUCUAGGUCCUCUCAACUGAAAGAGCAAUUACAUAUGUGCAUAUGAAUCUAUCUAUCCACAAAGAUAUAUAUCAAGAUACCUAUUUAGACCAAAGAUGAUGGGUAGAUGGGUAGAUACAUCUGUAGUAGUUUCCUAUGGCUCCAUAAAAAAUUACCACAGACUGAAGGGCACUAAAAAACAGAAAUGUAUUCUCUCAAAUUCUGGAAGCUAGAAGCCCGAAAUGGAAACACAAUCCAAAAUUGAGGGAGAGCCUCACUUUGUUCCAUGGUUCUAGAUAAUUCCCUUCUUGCCUCUUCAAGCUUUUGGUUGGUCUAGGCAUUCAUUGGUCACCCAUUGGUUUGGGUCAUAUCACUCCAAUCUCUGUUUCUGUAUUUUCAUUGCCUCCUCUUGUCUCAAACCUUCCUCUGCUGUCUCUUACAUGUCUAAUACGUGUGAUUGUGGUUAGGGCCACAGGAUGAGCUAGAAUAAGCACCUCUCAAGCUCCUCUUAAUCACUUCUUUUGCAAAAUAAGGUAAUAUUCACAGGCUCUAGGAAAUAGGACAGACACAUCUUUUUAAAGCUCGUGAAUUAUCCCACUACAAUAUUGAUCUAUAUCUCUCUUAUGCUAAGCAUGAAUUCAUACUGGUGUCUCCAACCCUGAUGCAAAUUAUUCUGGUCUUAUUUCUUGCUUCUCUAUAGCCUCUCACUCCAAGAGAGAGACCUGGUUGUCACCAUCAGCCAUUCAUUUACUUAAUUGUUCAGUACCAUUAUAUAUGUAUAGCAGUUUCAAAAUUAUAAGUUGUAGCCUGGAGCAAGUCAACUCAAGAAAAGGUGUCUUUAUCCCAGAGGUCCAAUCACAUAUAUCCUGAAUAUUCAAGACAGUAUUAGUCUUUUUUUUUUUUUACUGAUCAUUUUAAAGACAUAGUCAAUCUGAUUAAUACUGAAAAUGGGAACUUUUUGUUCAGCAAUAACAAUUUUUUCAAAAGUCCUUUUUUUUUUUUUUAACUCCCUGUGAAAGAAAAUCAAGCCUUUUUCAGAUUGUCACAGAUACUGUCAAGAUCACAUGGGGAGCCACAAAACCAAAUUUAUUGUGUUGUGUAUUUCUUCUUGGAGUUUAUGAUUUUUCCUUUGGCACUGGAGUCCCUGCCACAAAAGACAACUCCUUUCAAGGGAAGUUCUUAUAGAAAUGUUAAUUUUUACAUAAAAUUAUGUUGCAUUAGUGUGGACAGCUGUUGAGGAGGGGCUCAGGGACAGGACUGUCAGAUUUGACGGUGCCAUGGACAAUUUCCUACAGCUGAAUUCAUUUGAAUAGUACUCAUUAAAAAAAAUGCUUGCCAAUGAACUGAUUGUAAUGCAAGAAGAAAAAAAAAGUGGAAAUGACCUGAUUUCUCUGUAACAGAAUGUAGAAACUGUUUUGUUCUUAUAAUAGAAGACUACUUAACAAUGAAAACAAAUGAACUACAACUAUAUGUAUCUAGACUGAUACAUUUCAAAAACUUAAUGUUAGGUAAAAAAGUUACUUAUGCACAUUUUAAACCCAGAAUGAUACUAUAUGUUGUUUUUGAAUCCCUACAUAUGUGUAUGAUGUGCAAGAAUCCUUAUGAGAAUAACAUACUCCAACGUCAGGAUACUGUGUAUCCUUGGAGAAGGAGAUGAAGGAGGACUAGUGAGGAGGUACAGGCUUUAAUUGUAUCUGUGACAUGUAAAUUUUUAUUUCCAAAAGGGAGAUCUAAAAUUGAUAUGGAAAUAUGAGACAUCUCGAAAACCUUGAUUGGUUCAGGCCAUCUGUCCUAUUAUUUCUCUACUUUUCUGUGUGUUAUUCUCAUUGAAAUGCACCAAAAUAUCUUAGAAUUCUAAAAUGCUAUAUUUUUUUAAUACAAGUAUUUGUUGGAGUAUAAAAUUUUUGUUUUGAAUACUCUGUUUUGAACAAUAAUAACACAAAGGAAUGCAGAGAUAUAUGCAUUAUGACCUUAAAAAUAUUUUUAAAGCCCCAAUUAAAGAGCUCUCCUUAUUUAAUAGUAUGGUUGAUAAAAAUCCCCAUUUCAAAGUUUCUUUCUUUAACAAGAAAUAAUUUCUUCCAUCUGUUUUAAUAGCAACUUAAUCUUCACUUAGUUCUUAUUUGACAAAGCAUUGUUUCAUACCCAUCUCACCCUUCAAGGUGAGUUUGCAGGGAAGGUUUUCUAGUUGUAUACAUAUUUAUUGCUGAACGUGGAGAGGUCACUUUCCCCAAAUUGGUUAUUGAGCUAAUAUCAAACAGUUCUUUCCAUUUCUAAUUGCUAACUCUCAUAAUAAAUCUCUCUUCCUUCUUUAAAUAUUAAAAAGAACGUCAAAGUAUCUGUCAGGUGUUUGUGUUUUAUUCUCAUGCUGUUUGUCAUAUUGUUUCGUUAUGUGUUUUGGGAAGGCAGGAGAAGUAGUUGAUGAGGAAUAUAGAAUCUGCUUAAGGCUGGGAAUUUACGCAAACUUCUACUAGCUUGCCCUUCCUCUCUCUCCACUCUCCCCCUGACUGUGGGAACUCUUUUGGGUAAGCAAGCUUCUCUUUUCGAAUGCUAAUUAUCCCUGGCUGAGUAAAACUCUGGUUAAGUUUUAGCGGCUUACAACAGAUUUCAUAAAAGACAUUGAAGUUGGUGAAAUCAACUUGGGAAAAUAAAACUUGCUCCAAGCAAUCAAACCGAAAAGAAAUGGAACUUGAGAAAAAAGGAAUAUGAAAGCAAGUAAAAGCAUUCAUCUAAGAGCAGCAUCUUGGAGCAUUAGAGUGAAUUUGCUGCACUGACGAAAGAGUUAAAUGCCUGCAGGGAACAACUUCUAGAAAAGGAAGAAGAAAUUUCUGAACUUAAAGCUGAAAGAAACAAUACAAGACUGUUACUGGAGCAUUUGGAGUGCCUUGUGUCACGCCAUGAAAGGUCACUAAGAAUGACGGUGGUGAAACGACAAGCCCAGUCCCCCUCGGGAGUGUCCAGCGAAGUUGAGGUUCUCAAGGCACUGAAAUCUUUAUUUGAGCACCACAAGGCCUUGGAUGAAAAGGUAAGGGAGCGACUGAGGGUUUCUUUAGAAAGAGUCUCUGCCCUGGAAGAAGAACUAGCUGCUGCUAAUCAGGAGAUUGUUGCCUUGCGUGAACAAAAUGUUCAUAUACAAAGAAAAAUGGCAUCAAGUGAGGGAUCCACAGAGUCGGAACAUCUUGAAGGGAUGGAGCCUGGCCAGAAAGUCCAUGAAAAGCGUUUGUCCAAUGGUUCUAUAGACUCAACUGAUGACACAAGUCAAAUAGUUGAACUACAAGAACUGCUUGAAAAACAAAACUAUGAAAUGGCCCAAAUGAAAGAACGUUUAGCAGCUCUUUCUUCCCGGGUGGGAGAGGUGGAACAGGAAGCAGAGACAGCAAGAAAGGAUCUCAUUAAAACAGAAGAAAUGAACACCAAAUAUCAAAGGGACAUUAGGGAGGCCAUGGCACAGAAGGAAGAUAUGGAAGAAAGAAUUACGACCCUUGAGAAGCGUUACCUCAGUGCUCAGAGAGAAUCUACCUCCAUACAUGACAUGAAUGACAAACUAGAAAAUGAGUUGGCAAAUAAAGAGGCCAUCCUACGGCAGAUGGAAGAGAAGAACAGACAGUUACAAGAGCGUCUUGAGCUGGCUGAACAAAAGUUGCAGCAGACCAUGAGAAAAGCUGAGACUUUACCUGAAGUAGAGGCUGAACUGGCUCAGAGAAUUGCAGCCCUGACAAAGUCUGAUCCAACCUCUUCUACCUCAUCUGAUGAUUAUCAAUAUGUUAUGGAAGCUAAACUACAAGAAAUGAUCUCCAUACGUAGGAAGGCUGAAGAAAGGCAUGGAAACAUUGAAGAGCGUAUGAGACAUCUAGAAGGUCAACUUGAAGAGAAAAAUCAAGAACUUCAGAGAGCUAGGCAAAGAGAGAAAAUGAAUGAGGAGCACAACAAAAGAUUAUCUGAUACUGUGGACAGACUUCUGACUGAGUCCAACGAACGCUUACAGCUACACCUGAAGGAACGAAUGGCUGCUCUAGAAGAGAAGAAUGUUCUAAUUCAAGAAUCAGAAACAUUCAGAAAGAAUCUGGAAGAAUCUUUACAUGAUAAGGAAAGAUUAGCAGAUGAAAUUGAAAAACUGAGAUCUGAACUUGACCAGCUGAAAAUGAGAACUGGCUCUUUAAUCGAACCCACAAUAUCAAGAACUCAUCUAGACACCUCCACUGAGCUUCGGUAUUCUGUUGGGUCCCUAGUGGACAGCCAGUCUGAUUACAGAACAACGAAAGUGAUAAGAAGACCAAGGAGAGGCCGCAUGGGAGUGAGGAGAGACGAGCCAAAGGUGAAAUCUCUUGGGGAUCAUGAGUGGAACAGAACUCAACAAAUUGGAGUGCUAAGCAGCCAUCCUUUUGAAAGUGACACAGAAAUGUCUGACAUUGAUGAUGACGACAGAGAAACGAUUUUUAGCUCAAUGGAUCUUCUUUCUCCAAGUGGUCAUUCUGAUGCCCAGACUCUAGCCAUGAUGCUUCAGGAGCAGUUGGAUGCCAUCAACAAAGAAAUCAGGCUAAUUCAGGAGGAAAAGGAAUCUACAGAGUUACGUGCUGAAGAAAUUGAGAACAGAGUGGCCAGCGUGAGUCUGGAAGGCCUGAAUUUGGCGAGGGUCCACCCGGGUACCUCCAUCACUGCUUCAGUUACAGCGUCUUCACUGGCCAGUUCAUCUCCCCCCAGUGGACACUCAACGCCAAAGCUCACCCCUCGAAGUCCUGCCAGGGAAAUGGAUCGGAUGGGAGUCAUGACACUGCCGAGUGAUCUAAGGAAACAUCGGAGAAAGAUUGCAGUGGUAGAAGAAGACGGUCGGGAGGAUAAGGCAACAAUUAAAUGUGAAACUUCUCCUCCCCCUACCCCUAGAGCCAUCAGGAUGACUCACACCCUCCCUUCUUCGUACCACAAUGAUGCCCGGAGCAGUUUAUCUGCCUCCCUAGAGCCCGAAAGCCUUGGGCUUGGCAGUGCCAACAGCAGCCAAGAUUCCCUUCACAAAGCCCCCAAGAAGAAAGGAAUCAAGUCUUCAAUAGGACGUUUGUUUGGUAAAAAAGAAAAAGCUCGACUCGGGCAGCUCCGAGGCUUUAUGGAGACGGAAGCUGCAGCUCAGGAGUCCUUGGGGUUAGGCAAACUUGGAACUCAAGCUGAGAAGGAUAGAAGACUGAAGAAAAAGCAUGAACUUCUAGAAGAAGCUCGGAGAAAGGGAUUACCUUUCGCCCAGUGGGAUGGGCCCACUGUGGUCGCAUGGCUAGAGCUCUGGCUGGGGAUGCCUGCUUGGUACGUGGCAGCCUGCCGCGCCAACGUGAAGAGCGGUGCCAUUAUGUCUGCUUUGUCAGAUACUGAGAUCCAGAGAGAGAUCGGCAUCAGCAAUCCGCUGCAUCGCUUAAAGCUCCGGCUCGCCAUCCAGGAGAUGGUCUCCCUCACCAGCCCUUCCGCGCCUCCCACCUCCCGAACGCCUUCCGGCAACGUUUGGGUGACCCAUGAAGAAAUGGAGAAUCUUGCAGCUCCAGCAAAAACGAAAGAAUCUGAGGAAGGAAGCUGGGCCCAGUGUCCUGUCUUUCUGCAGACCCUGGCGUAUGGAGAUAUGAACCACGAGUGGAUUGGAAACGAAUGGCUUCCCAGCCUGGGGUUACCGCAGUACAGGAGUUACUUUAUGGAAUGCCUGGUAGAUGCAAGAAUGUUAGAUCACCUCACAAAAAAAGAUCUCCGCGUCCAUUUAAAAAUGGUGGAUAGUUUCCAUCGAACAAGUUUACAGUAUGGAAUUAUGUGCUUAAAAAGGCUGAAUUAUGACAGAAAAGAACUAGAAAGAAGACGAGAAGCAAGCCAACAUGAAAUAAAAGAUGUGCUGGUGUGGAGCAACGAUCGAGUCAUCCGCUGGACACAAGCAAUUGGACUUCGAGAGUACGCAAACAACAUUCUCGAAAGUGGUGUGCAUGGUUCUCUCAUAGCCCUGGAUGAAAACUUCGACUACAGCAGCCUAGCUUUAUUGCUACAGAUUCCAACGCAGAAUACCCAGGCAAGGCAGAUUCUUGAAAGGGAAUACAAUAACCUCCUGGCUCUGGGGACUGAACGGAGACUGGAUGAAAGUGAUGACAAGAAUUUCAGGCGUGGGUCAACCUGGAGAAGGCAGUUUCCUCCGCGAGAAGUACACGGAAUCAGCAUGAUGCCUGGGUCCUCAGAAACAUUACCGGCUGGAUUUAGGUUAACCACAACAUCUGGGCAGUCGAGGAAAAUGACAACGGAUGUUGCUUCAUCAAGACUGCAGAGGUUAGACAGCUCCUCUGUUCGCACAUACUCAUGUUGACAAGCCACUCAAAGGAGGCAGCACUGACUUGCUAUGUCGUCUUUUCAGUCUACUCUACCUAAAGUGCACUACCAUCCAAGAAGACAAGCAGCGAAAACCUUUGUCAAGACUCAAGUCUACAGAAAUAACCACAACUAACGGUUUAGUAAGCCGACAAUGUGAUUUGGGGUGGGGGGGGAAUGGAUAUUAAGUUUGAUGAGUUUACUACAAUUGUAAGAAAAUGCUUCAGUCAUUUGAAUAAUAAGCAUCAUCCACAUCAUAAAUUCUGUACAACAGAUGCUUUUAUGAAAUGGAGCCACUUGUUUUUUCAUGUUUUACUGUAAUAUACUAGGCAUUUAUGUAUUACUGUGUAUGUAUUUCUUUUUAAAUGUGUAAGUCUUAUGUAAAUGGAUAUAAAUAUGAUUUUUUAAAAAAAUAAAAUAUAUGGUUCAUGGAGUCCUGAGUGCAAACACUUGACAAUUCCAAGUACUGUUUGUAUUUUACCAUGCCACCAUUUUUACAGUUUUUGAAUUGUAACAGUCAAAUGGAUAUGUUUCCUGGAAGCAUGCUUCAUGCUUCCAUGUGUUUCUCCUUCAAGUCUGUCGAUCCUUAAAGCUGAAAACCUGCCUCUGAUCAUGUAAAAAGGGAUGAUUUAACCUGGAACUGGAGCCAAAAACAGACCUGUAAAGGCAAUCAGGGAUGUCCUCUAUCUUUAGAAAUAGCACUGUGAUGGCUCGAUCUCCUUUUCAAGACAAAACAAAGCCAAACUGUUUACAAGAGUCAAAAGCAAUUCUUUAAAAAAAAA